AUGUCAGUUGAGACUUGGACAAGGCAUGCUUAUGCCAUGGUGAUCAUUGAAGCUAGUUGCCAAUUCAGAGUAGGAUGGCUCCUUGAGAAAAAGGAGGAGGUUGCAAGUGCCUUGAAGGAAGUAGUUGCAAUGUUAGAGAGGCAGUCAGGCUUAAAACUGAAGAAAAUGUGCUCAGACAAUGGGACUGAGUUUGUCAAC